UUGACUCGCACAGGAACCACCUGCAGCACGAUGCUUCCGGCGCUCGACCGGGGAGCAUGACUUUUCCCGAUGACCCAUGGAAUCCGCGAGUAUAAAUAUACUGUUCGUCCGCGAGUACUACCAUCAGAUUUCACAAAGCGGCAGGGUGCAGUAGUUAAGCGGACAGCCAAUGAGCCAAAGACAAGCGAAGCGAAUCAACCAAAGCCAGCUUGUAAAGUAAAGAGAGGGAAUCUCUCUGCGGGUUCUAGCCUGGGGUUUAGUGGUCUGAGGCUUGCAUAAUCCAUAGAUUGAAACCAUGCCGCCGGCCAUGCAAGUACCGGGAGAGAGCAACGGGCCACGACGGUUGCUGAACCCGGCGCAGCGCGCGCUCAGUAGCCGCCGGUCGUCACUGCCGUCGACUCCUGGGUCGCCCCCGCCUUCCUACGGGAGCAUCGUCACCGUUCUCAGCAUCGACGGCGGCGGCGUCCGUGGCAUCAUCCCCGGCACCAUCCUCGCCUUCCUCGAAGAAAAGCUCCAGGAGCUGGAUGGGCCGGAGGCGAGGAUCGCGGACUACUUCGACGUGAUCGCCGGGACGAGCACCGGGGGCCUGGUGACGGCCAUGCUCACCGCGCCCAACGAUGUCGACGGCCGGCCGCUCUUCGCCGCCAAGGACAUCAACAGCUUCUAUCUCGACCACUGCCCCAAGAUCUUCCCUCCCAUCAGCAAAGGACCUUUUGGCCUGUUGAAGAGCAUGGCGGGACCCAAAUACGACGGCGAGUACCUCCACUCGAUCGUCAAGAAGUUGCUCGGCGACACGCGCGUCCGUGAUACGCUGAAGAACAUCGUCAUCCCCACAUUCGACAUCAAGCACAUGCAGCCCACGAUAUUCUCAACUUACGACGCCAUCCAGGAUGUCUCCAAGAACGCUCUUCUGUCGGACGUCUGCAUCGGCACGUCCGCCGCGCCGACCUACCUCCCUGGCCACCACUUCCAGACCAAGCACAAGGAUGGCACUCCACGGGACUUCGACCUCAUCGACGGAGGAGUCGCCGCAAACAAUCCGACGCUGCUGGCGAUGACGCACGUAACGAAGCAGAUCCUGAUGGGUAACAAGGACUUCUUCCCCAUCAGGCCGGCAGACUAUGGCAAGUUCAUGAUCCUAUCCCUCGGCACCGGCACGGCCAAGAUCGAGGAGAAAUUCGACGCCGGCCAGUGCGGCAAAUGGGGCAUCCUCGGCUGGCUCUACAACAACGGCACCACUCCCAUCAUUGACAGCUUCAGCCAGGCCAGCUCCGACCUCGUUGACAUCCACGCCUCCGUGCUCUUCCAGGCGUUGCACUGCGAGAAGCGGUACCUCCGGAUCCAGGACGACGAGCUCAAGGGAGAGACGGCCUCCGUCGACGUGUCCGCACCGGAGAACCUGAACCGGCUCGUCGACGUCGGCAAGGCGCUGCUGAAGAGGAAGAUGUGCAAGGUAAACGUCGAGACGGGCAAGAAUGAGCCUGACUUGAAGAGGGGCACCAACGAGGAGGAGCUGAUCCAUUUCGCUAAAAUGUUGUCGGAGGAGCGCAAGGCCAGGCUUGGGAAUGAAGGCGGCCAAUACUAGACAUUUGGAAAUGUAUAUUCCUUCCCUGUUCGAUUUUGAUGGUGCCGACGAGCGACGCUAUCUACCUAUAUUUCGUAUAGUAUUUGCUUAGAUAGCCAUUCAUUUGUUCAGAGAUUUGUUGUAUGUAAUAAUCUAAAUAAAAACGUAUUGAUCCCCUGUGUA